UGACAUACAUAUUCUUAGUCUAGAGUCUAGAUCUAGAUUACUUACAGCUAUUACUAUUACACCUUACUUGACAUUUUAUUCCGAUUUAGAUCUAGAUUUAUUAAUUUAAACAAUGGUUCAAUGUUGUAUUCAAUAGAGAGAAUGAAAGACCUUUACAUUCUUCAAUUAUUGAAAUGGUGCAGAAAAAAAGUGGAUCUUAAUUAUGCUAAGGAACAUUGGUUUUAGUAAUGUUUGAUUCAAAAGAUUGUUCAAAGGACCAAACAUUUCUUUACAAUGGAGAACAAUGCAAAGAAAAGCUCUUGUCCACCAACUUGCUUAACCUGGAUCACAAGGAUAUUCUGUAUGACAAUCUUUAUUAUCCUGUUGCAAGCAAAGAAGUCGACCACAACUCCCCAGUCUCAGGCCCAAAUUGCUGGAGGCGUUAAUCUCAAAUGCUACAGAAGUACAAAUUUGACAUCCAGUCCUUGUCAAAAUUUGACCUCUAAGAUAUGUAUGGGGACUUCUCUCCCCUUUUCCUCAACUUCUAUCUCAUUGGUCAAUGACUCACUCACUCUGGAGGAUGUUUAUAAGAAGCUGAAGUUGUGGAGUGGGUUAAGAAAUGUACCUCAGUGCUGGGCAGUUGUCCAACCAUUUUUGUGCUCUGUUUAUUUGCCCAAAUGUGAUGAUGUCUUUGGAAUUGAACUACCCAGUAAAGAAGUAUGUGAAAGAACCAGAAAACCUUGCCAAAUUGUUCAAGAAAUCAAUAAUGGAUGGCCAGAUUUUCUUCGCUGUGAUCAUCCAAAUUUUGUGUCAGGCUGUGGACAAGAGACUUAUGAUAAAUUAACAUUCAAUACUACGGGUAAAUGUGAGUCACCCUUGGUGCGUACAGAUAAUCCAGGUAGCUGGUACAAUGAUGUGGAUGGCUGUGGUGUGCCUUGUGAUAACCCUCUGUUUACACCAGAACAACAUAGAGAAGUUCAUACCUUUGUGGCUGUCUUUGGAUCUAUUUGUCUGGCUUGUACUUUAUUUACAGUGUUAACCUUCAUUAUUGACUGGAACAAUGCCAAACGUUAUCCUGCCUUGAUUCUAUUCUUCAUCAAUGCUUGCUUCUUUCUUGGGAGCAUUGGGUGGAUGUCUCAGUUUGUUGGGGAUGCUAGGAGAGAUAUAGUCUGCAGAAAAGAUGGUACAGUUCGAAAAGGAGAACCCAAAGCUAAUGAGAGCAUUUCUUGCACUGUUGUGUUCAUUAUUGUCUACUAUUUCCUGGUCGCUGGUGUCUCAUGGUUUGUCAUGCUCGCCUACGCUUGGUACUUGACUUUCACAGCCUUGGGCACACCAAGGGAUGCAUUGAAAUCAAAGACAGCCUACUUCCAUCUCAUAAGCUGGUGCCUUCCACUUGUCUUGACCAUCAUUUGUUUGGCUAUCUCUGAGGUGGAUGGAGACUCUGUGAGUGGUAUCUGUUUUGUUGGAGGGUUCAACCACAGCAUGCGGGCUUUGUUUGUUUUACUGCCAGUAGGGCUGGUCAUUGUGGUGGGAACAUUCUUUCUAUUGAGAGGUGUGUGUACGUUGAUUAGAAUAAAAAAAGAAGCACCAGUAUUUAUUCCAGAGAAAACAUUUUCAAAGAUUCGAGACACAAUCGUAAGAUUAGGUAUUUUUACAACUGUGGCUUUGAUCUUUGUCUUCAUCACUUUCUCUGUCCAUGUCUAUAUAUUUUCUAAUGAAGACAGAUGGAAGGAAAGUUUCAAAGAUUAUAUGUACUGUAUAGCCAAUGUUUCAGUUACAGAGAUCCAUUCUGAAACACAGUCUGUCUGCACUAUAACUGAUAGACCAAGUCUUGUUGCUAUGGAGAUACACAUUUUUGCUUUUUUUGGUGCAGGCAUUGCAAUGAGCUCAUGGUCAUGGACUAAAGCUUCUCUUUCAGCCUGGGAGAGAUUCUUCAGAUGGAUAUUCCACAAGCCCUCCAACAAACCAGUUAAACUCAAGAGACACAGAAUGAUAGCCCAGGCAUUUCAGAAGAGGAAAGAAAUCAAUCAGGGGAGAGUAUCCAUCAGUUACAGGAGUUCCCAUGAUGAUCCAUUAGGUAUGAAAUUUGAUCUGAACAGUGGAAGUGAUGAUGAGCUGUCCUCCAACUUUGCUAUGGCCAUGCCCAAGUUAGUGUGUAGGAGAGGAGGACUUAUAUUUCCAAUCGCAGGAAUGGGACGCAGAUAUUCUGAUUCAGAUGUCCAGUCUGUUAUUUCUACAAGGCGUGUGUCCAGAGAAUCCUUAAUGUCUUUUAGAGAAAGGCAGUUCUAUAUCAUUCAAAGUGAUGACCUUCCCAUUCGAAGAGGUAAAAAAAAGAAGAAGAAGAAAAGAGGUAAGCUCAACAGACUCAAGCCAGCAAUGGGAAACAUGUUUUCUGGCUUUCGAUUUGGCAGUGGAAGAUUUGGAAAACCCAGGAAAGGAAGUGAUUCCUCCGCCCUCAGCCAGAUGUCAGGGCGAAGUGUUCAGAUUUCUAUGGAGAGAAACAGUAUAGAGACUGUUUCACUUCAGUCUAAUAUGCCUCCAGACAGGGUGUUGCCAGCAGUGACUAAGAGAGAUGAGAAAGUAAGCGGGGUGAAGAGCUCAAGGGUUAUGCCAGUUUCAGAUUUGAGUCCCAGCAAGAGAGAGACAGAUUUUUCCAUAUUUUCUGCCAAAGAUAGUGGCACUGGAACAGCUAGCUUGCCAGGUGAGCUGGUAGAAUCUCACAGUCAUAUUUUGGAGAACAAUCCUUCCUUGCCCGGAGCCCUAGAGGAGGAAGUUGCACCAGAUUUAAGGUCUGAGGCAUCAUCUAUGCUGCAGUCAUGUAGUUCAGCGCCAACAUUAAAGAGAUCAAGGACUCAAACCCCAAAUAGUAAAGGGCUAUCUCCCAGCUUACAAAAGCCAGAGUCUAAGACGCAGACAGCAAGGCCGUCUGCAACAUCCUCUGUGUCGAAGAGUAAACACAAAACCCAAACAUUGACGGUCAAGACACAGCAUGUUGAAGAGGGCAAUAUUCCUUUACACUCUCUUAUGGCGGACAUCUCUGGUGGCAACUGGGGUGUCCUACUGGGCAAAAGUGGGUCUAGCUCUGGCUCGGAUGCUGGUGGUGGCGCAAGUGCCUACAUAGGAGGAUUGAAUCCUUACAUGAGCAGCGGAUAUCCCCCUCUACCCGUCUAUGGACAUAAUCCCUACAUGGCCUAUCCUUCUUACCAGUAUGGAGCCACUCCUUACAUGGGUGUGCCAAGCAUGCAGAUGGGAGGUGCUAGACCAAAAGCCAAAGGACAGUGGGGACAUUUCCCAUACUUUCCAUCCAAUCAGCAAGUACAAUAUAACAAUUAUGGAGGGAAAAAUCAAGAGCGGAGAAUGAUGAGAGAGAGGCAGAGAGAGAGAGAAAUGAGGAGGCCAAAUCAGGCAUACUUCAAUAACACAUUUCAAAUUGAUGAUGCUGAUAUCGAAUAUAUUUCUUCCUAGUAUUUACUUGAAUUUUUACCAUAAUCAAAAACUUAAGUUGUCAUAACUUGUUCAGUGAUUGAGAUUUUAAGGGGAAAAAAAAUUAUUUAGAAAGUACAGAAUUAUACUGUAGAUGCAAUAACCAUCAAUUUCCAAGAAAAAAUAUUUAUCAUAAUUUAUCAUAAUGAGCUUGUAAAAUGAAUCUUUUUUUGGUUGUAUUAUGAGCAAUUAUAUAUAAAGAGAUAAAAUCCAAACUUUUUGCAGAUAAAUUAUGCAUGUAGGCAAAACUAAUCUUUGCAUAUAGAUAAUAAACACUUAAUAAAAUGAAAGUCCAAGUUCUACAACUAUACCAUAAGCUAGUCAUUCACUGAAAUGAGAUUUUCAAACUGUAGUACAAAAUACAUCAGGGUUCGUAGCGCUCCUAAAAACUCCUAAAAUCUCCUAAAAAAUGAAAGUCUCCUAAAAUCCUAAAAUUCUCCUAAAAAUUGCAGAAAGUCUCCUAAAAUUUUGUCCACUCUCCUAAAAUUUUUACCCAAUAUUUUUUUUUAAAUAUAAUUUUGCUUAUUUCUUGCUAAAAAUGUGAGGGGAUAACAACAGCGUUACUAGGCAUUCUGAUCGCAUGACCUUACUGUGUUAAUGACCUGACCAGUGACGCGUCUACACCGCCUUUCACCCACUUGUGAAGCGCGACCUCGUGAUUGAAGAUGGCCUUGGCUCAAGCAAGCAUUUCACCUGGCAGUAUUUUUCUGAAGUCAUUUUAGAAAUGUUUGUUUCCAUUUACUGUUACCACUAAAGAUGCGAUAGAUCUAGUCUGUAGUGACUAUUGUCUAUAAUUAGAGCAAUUACCAGACUAAUUUGUAGGCUACACCCCUCCGGGCCCUCCCUCACCUAAAAUCUUCUUGUUGUAAGUGUAAGAGUGACUUCGCGUGGAAAGUCGGUAAAUCUUCUAGAUCUAGCUAGUCUCUAGUAACUGUAAUAGUAUCUAGAUUUAGAUCUAAAUUAGAUCUAGUGAAGAUAAUUCGCACCUAACCUGAAAACUCCGUGAAUUUUAGUCAAUUUAAUGAUCUCGAUACAUCUAAUGUCCAGAUUACUCUAGAAAUACGCUAGAUUCUAGAUUUACGCUAAAUCACUUAGAGUCUAGUGAAGAUAAUUAACACAAAGAAGUGAAAAGUCCGCAAAUUUAGUGACUUAGAUCUAGACUCUAGAUCUACGGUAUAUCCAGUGAAGAUAAUUUGCAUACUGCCGCGAAAAGUCCGCGAAUUUUAUUGAAAUUAUAUAUAGACUUUAGAUUAACUAUAAAGCACUAGAAUCUAGUGAAGAUAAUUCUCACACAGCCGUGAAAAGUCCGCAAAAUUUAGUGACUUAGAGUUAAAGUCCGCGAAUUUUCCGAAUUAGCUUUAGAGUCUAGAUCUUCUGUAAAUUUAGUGAAGAUAAUAUUCACACAGUGAAAAGUCCGCAAAUUUUCGUGACUUUGAUGUAGACUCUAGAUUUACGCUAAAUCACUAGAAUAUAUAUAGUGAAAAUAUUUCUCUGAAAAGUCCGCGAAUUUUAGUGACUUAGAUCUAGAGUCUAGAUCUACUGUAAAUUCAGUGAAGAUAAUUCUCUCACAGCCGUGAAAAGUGAUUAGUGAUUUAGAUCAAAAGAGUCUAGAUCUACUGUAGAUUUAACGAAAAUAUUUCGCAUACAGCUGUGAAAAGUCCGUAAAAAUUAUUUCACUCAUAAAAGCCAGGGAAACUAUGCCUAUAUGGUUGAAAAAGAUUCUGCUAGGAAAAAAACGUGAAUAGGUCUAAUCCCCCCCCCCAACCCAAAAGCCAUUUUUUAGUAAGCAAAUGUCAACUAAACAUUCAAAUAGGCCAAUAUUACCCUAUAUAUUACUGGCUCUGUUUAUGAAAAGGAUUUAAGUUAACUAAUAAAAGAAUAAAACAUUACCUCAAAUGCACACCAUGACUCUAGUAUCUAUAAGAUACACAUAGGAACUAAAAAUGUACAUUUCCAUCACAGAGAAGAUACAUCAUGAAUAAGGCAUCUCUAAGAAUGCUUCUUAUUUAAAAAAAAUGGAAAAGUAACCAUUUGUAAUGUUUUUAAAUAAAUCUUUGAAAAAAAAAUGUUUGUUUGAGGUUUUGGGAUGACAGUCAAGUUGUUACUUGAUUAAAAGAUAACUUUCAUUACAUUUUCUGUGGACAUACAACAGCUGAUAACAUUGUUUCUGUGGCAUAUUGGCAAGAUAUUUAUUAUUUUAAAAAUCAAAUAACAAUAAUUGAUUUGAUAAAUGCUUAGUUUUGUGUAUGUUUUACUAUGUAUCACACAAAUGGAUAGGAAACACACACACACAUCAUACAUUUCAUCCUUAAAAAAACUCCUAAAAUCUCCUAAAAUUUUGUCAUGAAAAAGUGCUACUAACCCUGAUACAUUUGGACUAGUUGUGCAAUAAAAACUUAACAAAAGUAUAUUUAUUUAAAAAUGUAUUGUUAUUAAUAAUUUUUUUUUUUUUGAAGUGUUGAUCAAUCCGAAAAUAUAACUGUUGUUCAAUUUAGAGAUACUUAAUUUUCCUUUUCUUCAAGUAUGUAAUACUUAAUGGCAAUCUUUGCAGUGGCGUAGCUAGGGGUGGGGUGGAGGGAACUUGAAAAAAAAAGGGGGGGGGGGCUCAAAUGAGUGUCCGAAAUUUGUUUUUACAUUUAAAGAUUACUCCAUUAUCUCAUUUGUAAGCUCCCCUAAAGAGAUCAAGCCUCUGGGCCCUCAAAUCCCUAGCUGUGCUACUGCAUCUUUGUAUAUAAUUUUAGUUCUGUGGUCCAAAUGGGGUGGUGUGAUUCAGUGAGAGUCUGAUUUAUUAGGGUAAAAUAAACAAGGCUUUACAAUGUUACAUUUAGAGCGUUUCUCUACAAAAUCAGGUGCUUUGUUUGCUAGCAAAACAAACAAUUUCUUGUAUUCUUAAUGUUGUUAAUGUAAACAUGGUUUAGUUCAUUUAUUUAGUUCAUUAAUUGAACUCGCAUAUCGACCUUUGUAUUUGAACUUUAUUUUUAAAACUUGGUAUAAAUUUCUUCUAGGUUAAAAAAAUAUAUCUUUUUAUUGAUGUAGCUAAUUGAACAUAAGUGUAGCUUUACAGAAAAAUCAUAGUGACAGAAAUUGCUCAUUGCAUUUGAAGAUACAAGUCUUAAAACAAAACCUACAGUUUAAUUUACAACUGAAGAUAUGAUUUUCAUAUAGAUCUGAUUGUUUUUAAAGAUGUUUAUUUAUUUGUUUGUUUUUUAAAUAGUGUAAAUUUAUGCUAUCAUUAAUGUGUUCAUAAAUGUGUUUUUAUUAAUCAAUGUUAUACAUUUUCUAUUUUUUAAAUCAACGUUAUACAUUUUCUAUCAGGCAUAUUCUACAAAUAUCUGACAUAUGUUAUGCCAGCCAAGACUGCUGAUUUUUAAAACAAAGAUAUUCAAAAAGAAGUGAUUUUUUUUGUGAAGCAUUUAGAUUGGUGUUCUAUGUUGAACUAUGUGUCCAUUAUUGCAGAUAUUACCAUGCUCUUUAACAAAAUAUCCUUUUAUUGUAUACAUAUGAUCAUUAACAUCAGCUCCAUUUCCCUAAACACACAAACUUAUAUUUAAUACUCUUGUAAAAAUUCUUAGGCUCAAAAUAAUAUUAUUUUACAUUAUUAAAAGUCUGGUGUAUGUUUUAUACAAAAAACCUGUCGAAAUCUCAUGUCUUCCAAGCCUUUCACCCUGCCUUAACAUUUUAUAUGACUUUUAUUUCUUGUAUCAGACUAUCAGUCCAGUCUCAUGUUUGAAAGUGCUUGUUCUUAGCAGUGCCUUUAAGUGUAGAUUUUUAAAAUGUUAUUUUCAUUAAGCUUCUCUGAUGUUAGCUUUUUUGUUGACAGUUAAUGGGAAGUUUUUUAGAAUUUCCAGCAUUUUGUUGUCUAAAUUCUUGGUCCUAUUUAUGUAGAAAGAAUAUUUCUAGAGACGUUAUUUUAUUUGAACUGGUUGUUAUUGAUGUGAGAUAAUAAUCCCACCUGAGGAGAAAAUAAUUUGUUAUACUUUGUGUUUAUAUAUACCAUUUAUACACAAAGAUGUGUUCAUAUUUUUUUUUACUGAAAAGGAGAUUUUAAAGUGCUGUUAACUUACUUGUAAAAAGUUUUAGAUAGCAAAUAUUCAGUUAUUAAUAUAUUUUAUGACAUACUGUGUUCCUCUAAUGUUUUUUUUUUUUAAAUGAUGAUUAAAAUGUAUCUUUUUGUUUUAUGGCAGCUUUGCUGUUUGUGCAUAAUACAAUUUUAUUGCACAAUAUAUUCAUGAACUUGUCAUGCCAUAAUAUUUGAAAAAAAAAAUUUUUGUUCCAAUGUGUCAUUUGUAAUAAUUUGUUUCCUCUUAAGAAAUAUUUUUUAUUAGCACUCUAAAUUUAUCAGGUGCCAAACAACGAAAUAUUUUUUAGAAUAUUCCAAAGGAAAAUCUGCUUUAAUGUCAGCAUGUUGUAAUUCUCUCAUUUUUUUAUUUUUUUUUAAAUCUCACCAUACUGUCAUUUAACUGGAAAUAGAUUCCACAGCUAUUUUUGGUCCUUCUCUGAAAUUGUGACAUUUGUUUAAAAUAUAGAUGCAAGUUUGCACACAUAUUUUUAUUAUUUUUUUGAAAACAAAAAUUAUUAAAAACUUAUUUAGCUAUUGUCUUCAAUAUAGGUGAAAUAAAUUCAACAACUUUUUAUGGUCUCACAAAAGCAUGUCAUUUGAAACAUUAAUAAAUAUCUUUUAAAAAGGUGGGGAAAUAACUGAAAUAUAAAUCCCAUCUAAGUAACAUAGAGUAUUUCAUAUAAGCAGUAAAAACAAGUUUCAUUUCUUUAUCCAUAAAUAUGAUCCUGCUGGACUAGUUAUAUCCAUCCAUCCAUAUUUUUUCUUACCACUGCAUUAAUAAUUAUAUAAAUAUAUUGAAACAUUUAGAUAUUGAUACAUACUGAAUAAAUGUUUUUAGCUGUGUUAUUAUUGUAGUCGAUGUUCACCACUUCUGUCUUCUAGGGGGGCUAAAGACUUGAACAGUUUUAUCCAUCAGCUUGCAUUGGCCUAAGAGAAGUCAUAAUGAGUGCUGUCAAAGCUGCAUUUAUACUAGAUGUCCAGGACGGACUAGAAUUAUUUUCACUUCAAAUAUAUAUAUAUAUAUAUAUAUAUAUAUAUAUAUAUAUAUA